GACUUGAAGAACUUUAGGCCAUGCUGUUCUUCCUUGUCCUGUCUUUUUGGGCUCCAGCUGUAUUGAUUUCGGGCCAGGUUUGUCCAUUGAACAGCACACCACGGAAAACAGUUACUCUGAGUAACAGAGGACAUGUCUUCCAAGAGGAGGGAGUGUGGAAUUACACCACCAUGCUCCUGAUGGAAGAUGAGGGUGUGCUCAUCCUGGGAGCUCGAGAGGCCAUCUUUGCCCUGGACCUCAACAACAUCACACACAAGAAGGCUAUGGUUAAGUGGUCGGUGACAUCAGAGAUGCAGCGUAAUUGUACGUUCGAAGGGAGCACACAGACUGAGUGUCAUAACUACAUCCGGAUCCUUCAUAAAAUGUCGAACGACACUAUGUUUGUUUGUGGUACCAAUGCUUUUAAUCCAACCUGUGAUAUUAUGUCUUAUAAAGACGGCAAGCUGACUCUCGAAGGUAAACAACAAGAUGGGAAAGGAAAGUGUCCAUUUGAUCCUUUCCAGAGAUGUGCCUCUGAAUUUGUCGAUGGACAGCUGUACUCUGCUACAUCUUUCAAUUUCCUUGGCUCAGAACCGGUUGUGAUGCGAAGCUUAGAUGACACCAUACGAACUGAAUUCCUGACUUCAUGGCUUAAUGAGCCCAAUUUCAUUGGCAUGAAGCAUGUGGCUGAGGGAGAUGACAACCCAGAGGGGGAUGAUGACAAGAUUUACCUUUUCUUUAAUGAAAUAGCUGUGGAGUACGAUACCUACAGACCGAUGGAGGUGUCAAGGGUGGCCCGCGUUUGUAAGGGGGAUGUGGGAGGACAGGAGACAUUGCAGAAGAAGUGGACGUCAUUUCAAAAGACUCACCUGGACUGUCCUGUCCCUCAAACCUUUCUACCACUUCUCAUACAGGAUGUGUUCCUCUUCUGCCCAGACACCUGGAAAACCUGUAUGUUCUACGGUGUCUUCACUCUUGAGGGGGAAAUGCCGGAGUACUCAGCAGUGUGUGCGUACAGGAUACAGGACAUCAGGGAUGUGUUCUCUAAAGGUCGAUUCAAAUCGCUAUACAGAGAUAAUCUCCUUGAAACAUGGGAGACAUACUACGGACCUGUGCCUGACCCUCGUCCCGGAGCUUGUAUUAACAGUAAAACAAGGGAGAAAGGGUUUUCAACAUCUUUGGACCUCCCUGAUAAAACCCUCAUGUUCAUCCGAGACAACCCACUGAUGGAUCAGGCAGUGAAGCCUUCUGAGCAGCCCCUACUGGUGAAGAAAGGAGCUGUGUUUACUCGUAUAGUGGUGGCCAGCACUACUGCCCUGGAUGGGAGCAGCCAUCAGGUCAUGUUUAUUGGCACAGCAAGCGGUUCAGUGCUGAAAGCAGUCAACUAUGACGGAAAGAUGGUGAUAAUAGAGGAGGUGCAGCUCUUUAAGCAGUCCGAGCCAGUAAAGAUAUUGCGGCUCUCCGUCACCCUGGGUCAGCUGUAUGCAGGCUCAGAGGAAGCAACGGUGCAGAUGCCACUUAGUACAUGUGACCAUUACGCUUCCUGUAUGGACUGUGUGCUGGCCAGAGACCCGUACUGCGGCUGGGACCUCAGCGCUGAACGCUGCAUUGCUAUAAACACCAUUCAUCCAGAUACACACAGUGAGAUUGUUCAGAGUCUGAGGGAUGGAAAUGCUGCACGUUGUCCUGCAGUCGAAAGUACUACGAUCAUUAAAACCUUCUAUCUUGGUAUCGAGGUCAGGUUGCUUUGCCAGCCAGGAUCGAACCUGGCCCGAGUGCAAUGGAGCGUAAACAAUCACACAAUUCAAAACUCCAACAAGUACAACAUUCAUCACAACAACCUGUUGAUCCUCAAUGCCUCUGACAGCGACGCCGGAUUCUACACCUGCACCUCUGUAGAGUCCUCCAAUGGUAACGACUAUGUCAUCCAAAAUGCUACAUACGAGCUGAGGCUGGGAAACUUCACUGAGCAUAGUUUGGUCCAGCCUCAGGCAGAGGAAGAUCAGAACACUCACUUGGCCCUCGAGAUCCUGGUCAUCAUACUAACACUGAUGAUAAUCGCUCUUGUGGUGUGGGACGUCUACAAAGGACAUUUUGCCGUCCUGAGAUGCUUGGAAAAAGCUGAGGAAAGUCUACAGAUUGUGUUUUACAUGGAAUAAGUAAAAUUUACAAAAUUUGUCUUUUGCAAGUUUUUGCACUCAUAUUUUUCUAAUAAAAUGUAUAUUUGUGAUAUUAAGUAAAAUCUAUAAAUUUCUGAGGUUGAGUAAAAUUAACAAAGCAAAUAAGUACACAUAACAUACUGAUCUGAUGUAAUUAAUUGAUAUAAUUAAGUAAAACCAAGCUGCACACUUGAAAUGUAUUUGUUCUCUGGAUGUUCAUAGACAUUAAUCUGUCUUGUUUACCCAACUUUCUUUAAACAUUAUGAGAAAAUGUAGACCCUGAAACAUUCAGAAUGAUUGUUUCUAUCAUUUACAUUUUACUGGUUUCAUGUAAUGGUUUUAAUAUUUUCAAAUGCUGUGUUAGAGAGUAUUUUAAAAUAAGCAGUUUGUUAAUGAAACUUUUUUUUUUAUAUUUUUUAAGUUUAAACUAUUUUUAAAAAAGAGCACUUGGACAUGGACUUGCUUAAUUUACUUAGA